AGUCACCUGAAAGCCGAACCGGAAGUAUGUAUAUAAAGGCAAUAACAGACCCAGAUUCGCUCCCACAAGGAAGAGAAGUUGUCACUUUUGUUUGGACGUGGUCGUCGUCUGCUUUAAGUCUGGAGUUAACUCCCAAAACAGACAAACCAGUUGCGGAGCCAAACAAUGGUACAGCUUCCCACAUCUCCAAAGAUGGGUGUCCCUCAUCUUGCUGAACAGUCUGAGGAGAGGAAGGAAAAACUGGAAGACACAGUGAUUGUUGGAAGUACAAAGGGAGACAUAUCUGCUACUCUGUGCGCCCUGGAGAGCAUUGAAUUUUCCAAAGCUUAUCAUGGGUAUGAAAACUACAUAGAAGAUGGCCUUAUCUGCCUCAAACACAAGGUUCGCAACUUGGAGAAAAAGAAGCUGAAACUGGAAGACUACAAGAAGAGGCUUGACUGCGGUGAGACACUAAACCAAGACCAAAUGGCUGCUGCUGAUACGUAUGAGCAGGUGGUGCACAAUCUAAAGUUUGUUCAGGAGCUACACAAAACCCUGGAUAGCUUGACGCAAAACCUGUUAAGCUCGCAGAAGAGGGCUGUCAAGCGGCAACAAGUGGUGAGGAUAGAGGCAGAGAGGAAGCAGUUAAACAUGGUGCUCCAGAUCCAACACCUCCUUACCAGCCUAGAACAAGAGCAUGUAAAAAAAGACCUACUAAAUGGACACAACCAGGCACCCUACCUCCCAGUCCAGAAACUGCACAGCCUUGGCCAGCUUGCCAACUUGCUUGGAGUAAGGCAGGAUAACAGAUUAAGUUUAGAGCAGCGGAUGGCGCAAGCGACUGUGGUCUACAUGGAUCUUCUGGAGGGAAAAGACAAACCAGUAGCUGGAUCGACAUUUAAACUACUUAAAGAAGAGCUCACCCGAUUGUUGAACUCCAAAUACUUCACCUGUCUUCCUUUCAAAAAGACUCCAGACAUAUCAAAGAUGACGCCCACUGAAGUUCCUAAAGAGACUAUUGCUGCUCAAAACCGGAUCGGAGAGUUUCGGGUCAUGAAAGUAGAGGAACCUCCUGACUGCUGGGAUCUGGAUGGAGUCACUUCACCUCAAGUUACAGUCCACAAGCCAUGGAAAGGAGCAGCUACUUUAAUCCCCAAAGUUCCCAUUACUGACAAGAGCAAAUCCACUGAGAGCAGAAAGGAGCGGAAAGCUAAAAGGAGCCAAAACGCCAAGACUGAUGUUCUCAUGGAUUUACCAGGACUAAAAUUUGACUCCCUGUCAACCUUAUCCAAAGACCCUAUCCUGAGGAAAAAGGAUUUGGAAGACCUAAUGACAAAUAUUUGUGGCUCAUUCAGUUUUAUACAGAAUUCUCUUCUAGAUUGUGGGUCAUUUCCAGAUAAUGGACACUCCAAAUUGAAAAGGGAGCCACCUGAACAGUCAUCUCCUUUGGCUCAGGCAGAUUUAAUAAGCUCAAGUGAGUCCCUUUCAAAGGAAAUGCAUUCGACCCCAAACCCUAAUAGGCUUCUGGACCGAAAAACCAGUCUGACAAAUGGGGACCAAUGCCUAAAAAGCUAUGGACUGGAGCUUUCCUCAGAUGAGAAUCUACAAUUGCCUGACAGAGGGAAACUUUCCUUGCCAUUGUUUGGCAACACAGAGUUGACAAUUACUACACUAGUGACUGAAUCACCGAAGCAUUCAUCCUGUACCAGGACGACACAGAGCAACUCCAUCCCUGUUCCUAAGCAUACAUUUUCCACACCGCCCACAAGGCAAACUGUCACGUCUGCACAUUUUCAAAAUAUUGAGUCGGUAUUUAAUGAGAGGGUUGAGGUACAGCCCAGGUACACCACUUCCAGCACUCAAACACUGCCUGAGUUUGCUCCCUCAGAACAAUCACAGCCACUGGGGGGGUCUUACAUUUUUCAAGCUCAUUCCAAGAACUCUGGCCCUCUGUUCUGUUCUUCUCGAGAUUCUGGAUCCCAUCAUGCAUAUGGAUGCGGAGGACGGCAUAAUUCCAGUGCAGCCUGGAGUGAGUCCUCAAAAGUUAGCAGCCCAGAGCGUGAGGGAGAAUUUACAAUGGUGGAUUCAGGACAUGGAGAUUCUCUACACGUCUCUCACAUAGAGUUUCCACACAGUCCUCGUGGCCACCAUCACACUACUCUACUUCCUAUGCAACUCUAUCCUGUCUCCCAGCCGCUGCGAGUGGCAUUCACCGCCUCUCGCACAGCCAAUUAUGCCCCAGGCAACCUUGACCAGCCCAUUAUUUUCGACCAGCUGCACACCAACCUAGGGGAGAUGUAUGACAGCCGCAUUGGUCGUUUCACCUGUCCUGUUAAUGGAACUUAUGUGUUCAUAUUCCACAUUCUUAAGCUUGCAAUAAAUGUGCCACUUUACAUCAACCUCAUGUGCAAUGAAGAGGUGAUGGUGUCAGCGUAUGCCAAUGAUGGAGCGCCGGAUCACGAGACAGCCAGCAACCAUGCCAUCCUGCCUCUCUUCCAAGGAGAUCAGGUGUGGCUCAGGUUGCAUCGUGGUGCUAUUUAUGGAAGCACCUGGAAAUACAGUACCUUUUCUGGCUUUUUACUCUACCAUGAUUGAACUUUGUCUGGUCACUGGACUUUGUACCAAAGUGGAACAACUAGAUGACAUUUACCUGGAGCUAAUUUGCUGUGAAGUCUGAGUGCCAAUCUAAAUCGUUGAGGGCUCUGAAGCUCGGGAAGAAAGGACUGUGUUUGGUGGUGGGUAUGGUGUUGAACACAAGGCCAGUUUGUUGAAUUUAAAAAAAAAAAAAAAAAACUUAAUAUUGUCCAACUGGUCUUUUGAUGUUCCUCAAUAAAAUAUGAGCAGUGA